AAGCUCGCGUAUACACUCGCGCGUCGCGAAUAGCAUUGUUUUUGUUUAUAGGCGUUUAAUCUUGUGCCGUGCGCCGUUGCACGGCUCUCGCGAUCGCGUAAAUCGCGCGCCGACCUACCCGCCGAGACGAAUACGAGCGAGAAGACCUUGUGAGAGAUAAAGAGCGAGAUAAGGAGAGAAACAACCGUGCCCUGCAGCACGUACAUACAUGCACUCGACGGCGUUCGACGGGGUAUGAAGUUCACACGAAUUGACCUCGCAAAUUGACUCGCGAGCAAGAGAGAGAAUGACGCGCCCCACCAGGACGCCCGUCACGCGAACUGCGCUCGGCCUCGCGCGUCUCUUACCAGUUGACCGUGCUUUAUGAGGCGGUGAUCUUAUCUGAGGUAAACGCGGUAAGACGCGCGGCAAACACCCGCCUGAAUCCCCUCGCUCGUUCUCUCCGGCGUGUGGCCGGUGAGGGGGGAUCCUUAAAAAGCACGCAAUCUCGCGCGGUGGCGAGAGAAAGAGAGAGUGUCCCAACACCGAGAUGUAUCACGUUGUCGAGCUGAUCGUGAACUGCGCUUUGCUAUGGAUAUUCCUGCAGACCGCGGCGGGCGUGCUGGUCACCGUCCUGUACGAGUUGUACGUACCCUGGAUUGUUUGGGGCACGUUGAUCGUCGUAGUAGCGCUGAAGCUCAUCCGGGUGUCCCCUCCGCCCGCCGGCACCGUGCAAGAGGUGCUCGGCGUGAAUCCGCUCCUCCCGGCCAGAGAUAAAAAUCCCGUGCCCGAGAACCACGGUAACGGGGAGCGAUAUUGCAUGCGAGUGGUGGCCCACCGUGGUGGAGGAUACGAUUAUCCCGAGAACAGUUUGUUGGCUUUCCGAAACAGCAGAGGAAAGGGUUGUACCGCAAUUGAGCUUGAUUUACGGCUAACCAAGGAUAACAUUCCAAUAAUAUUCCAUGACCCAACAAUCGAAAGACUCACGGGCCAGACGGGCACGAUUAGUGAAAUGACAUGGGAGGAAUUGAGGGAGUUUGACAUAACUUAUAAUCACCCGCUUAAGAACAAAUUUUCCGAAGGCGAGAAGAUCGCCCUGCUGCACGACGCGCUGCAGGAAUGUCUGGACAGCGAGCAAAGAGUAAUUAUAGACGUGAAGGAGACGAGGCUGGACGUCGUGCAAAUCGUGCUGGACGCGUACGAGAAAUUCCCAAAGUUGUUCCAGAGGGGCGUCGUGUCGAGUUUCAAUCCGAUCGUAGUGUACAUGAUUCGCAAGAAAGAGCCGCGUAUCGUCUCGAGUCUCGCUUGGAGGCCGCACUUUUUCUCGAGAACGUCGUACGCCGGCCUGGAGGCGCCCGGUCCGGCGCGGUUUCGUAAUCCGCUCAAGCAUUUGGCAGCUUGCAUCUUGGAGACUUUAUACGAGUGGCUGCUACCGCGCUUUGUCUACUAUAUCGUUGGCGUUUCCGCCGUUCUGUUACACAAGGAUAUAGUAAAUCCACGCGUGAUAGAACGUUGGUGCGAGCGCGGCAUUCGCGUGAUGGCAUGGACGGUGAAUCGGCCGUCUGAGAAAACGCAUUUCUCGAGGUUCCUGAAGGUCACCUAUCUAACUGACACGCUACAUCUAGAGAAGGACAUGUAGUAAUGUCCGAUAUAUUUUUGUUCAGUAUUAAGUUUCAAAGACUUUUGUACCAUAUACUGGCAUUAUGCACGUACAAAUUUUUCUACUUUCGAUUAUAUACGAAUUAUACGUCGCAAUAUCAACCAUCUAGUCGGGGUCGUAAAAAAUUUGACAUAACGACUUACAUUACUUUUAAACGUAGAUGAUAAGGCACUUAUUUUAUAAUGUCUUGUACGAGACGCGUAUGUAUGUGCGAAUAGCGAUAAUAAAAUUACUCGUUAUACCUA